UAUUUUUGGCGUGCCGUGAUUCGCUCUGAUUGGUUCAAAACAAAUGUUAAUUCUUGUAAACACACCUGAGGUGUCAUUAAUGAAUGACACCGCUGCCUGGCUUGUAAUUCAAGCUGCAAACAUGGCGGAGGGAGGAAAGAGACAGCCAUCUUCUCUCUGCUUUUGUUCUGCCAAGAAAACAGUUCAUGUUCACUGUUGCUGCAGUUCCUGCAAUGGAAAACCUGUGAAUUACCGAACCCAAAUAUCCCACUUAGAAUUUGAGAGGAAUUUGGAAGCCUCCAAUGCAGUCAGUGUAGCAGAUUACCAAUUCACUGGUUUGCAAGAGGAAACAGUAAGUUUGCAGUGUGGUGCCUCAACCAAUCUGGCCACUGAAGAAGUAGAAGAUGAAGAUGCAACUGAAAACUUUGAACAAAUUUGUUCUCCUCAACAUCAAAACCUUUCUGAUGUUGAGGAUGUGGACCCCCCCCCAAUGGACUUUGAAGGUGUGGAUAAUAUUGGAGAUGAUGGUAAUGGCAUAAAUGGGGAUGACAAUGGAGGAACUGCUCCUGGUACUGAAGAUCAGAAAUUAAAGUAUGCCAUUGUGAAGUGA